AGAUCUCCGGCUACAGAUCAGAAAAUUACUAUCUGAUGAUAUUGCGUGGCAGAUGACGCAGUCCCAGAGAUAUUUCUACGAUUGGGCGAAUAGAAUUGAUGCCCCAUUAGCCAAAUGUCUGAAGCCACGAUUACAUAUCAAACCAAUUGCUACCAUUAGAACAUCUACUGGCUCUUUGGUCUCCUCCUUAGAUGAAAUUUAUAAAAAGUUCUGGAAAUAUUUCUCUAAAUUAUAUGAUCACACUCCUGAUCAUCAUGAUGAGGAUUUGGAGAAAGAUACAGUGAUGGACAAUUUUGAGGGGUCUUUGAACCUUUCUAAAAUUCCUUCCGAUUUGGUGGAUUCUUUAGAUGCAAAGAUUUCAUUACAGGAGAUUAAAAUAGCUAUACCUUCACUUUUGCCUUAUGUGCAAGAGGUAUUUCAUCUAGCCCGUCAGACCG